GAGAAAGAGUUUCCUCUCUGUCCUGCUCACCACUUCCACCCUCCUCCUGAGCUUGCUGUGAUUCUGCAAUCCUGGGCAAUAUAAGGAAGGGCAGUGGACUCUCCACUUAGCCUGACCCACCAUGAAGUCCGGUGCUCUUGUGAUCCUUGUGGGGCUCCUCGCCCUCUGGGCUGAGCUGACAUCUGCCUCUGUUCAGAGGCUUCCAGAGAAGCCUGGCACCUGUCCUACUCUGAUCCAAAACAAUGACACCCAGUGCGGCCAGUUCUGCUCCUGGGACAACAGCUGCCCAGGGAGCAAGCGCUGCUGCCAGACCGGCUGUGGGCAACAGUGCAUGCUCCCACGUGAGGUCUACCCUGGAUACUGCCCCAGGCUGAGCCCCCAGCCAGGCCAGGCUACGAACUGCUCUGCGACUUGCAACAAUGACCAGGACUGUGGCUCAGUCUACUUGCCACGCAAGAAGUGCUGCAGCAAUGGGUGCGGGAAGACUUGCCAAGCGGCUGAAGAAGAGCACCCUGGCGUGUGCCCCAAAAGGGAACUGGUGAAUACCUUUGUCCCCUGCAAUGACACCUGCAGAGACGACCGAGACUGCCCUCUCACCCAGAAGUGCUGCUUCACUAUGUGCAGCCGGGGCUGCCUGGACUCAGUUCGCAGUGACAGGUGCCAGCUGCCGCCCAAAACCGGACGAUGUUUAGCAGCCUUCCCCCGUUACUACUACAACCCAUCGGAGAAGAAGUGCGUCCUGUUCACCUAUGGUGGCUGUGAGGGUAACAGCAACAACUUUGAGACAAAGGAGGCAUGUGAGGCAGCCUGCGGGAAAAUCAGCCCAGAGGUUUGCAAGCUGCCAAAGGACCCUGGUCCAUGUGAGGCUUUUUCACAAUUUUACUACUACAACUCAGCCACCAGGAAGUGUGAGAUAUUUGUCUAUGGGCUCUGCGGGGGGAAUGGCAAUCGGUUUCGCACCAAACUGGAGUGCAUGAUGGUCUGUGGGCAAACAGAAAACUCCACUGAGGAGGACUGAGUCUCUCAGCCUGAUCACCUUGUCUGAGAAGAUCCCAACCCCAGAGCAGACAUCAGUGUGUUGCCAUGCCCCCCUCCUUCUAUCUCUAGGGAGGCUGCUGUGGGAUCUUCUAUCCCCAAAUAAAACCUGAGCUUUCUGGCA